AUGUCCAUUCGACUCGUCACCUUUGACGCUCUCUUCACACUAAUAAAUCUACGAGAACCUGUCCACGUCCAAUAUACACGCGCAUUCAAGCCUUACCUUGGCGAGCUUAACCCCGACGCUGAUACAGCACUGGCGGCACUGCAGAAGGAACGACCGGCAUAUGACAAGGGCAGCAACUCGUGGUGGUCAGAAGUAAUACGCAGGACGGCAUUGGGCGCAAAGGCUGAUUCUGCUGCCCUGGACAAGUCUUUGCAGGAUAUUGUACACGCGCUUAUGCACCGGUUCAGCUCAAGAGAAGGAUACAAGGCGUACGACGAUGCUAUUCCCCUUGUCGAAGAGCUGCAUUCUCGUGGCAUCCGAACAGCUGUGAUAAGCAACUCGGAUUCACGGACUCGGUCUGUGCUCAAAGACCUCGGGUUUCCCAACUAUCUGGAUCCGAUUAUUCUGAGCGAGGAAGAGGGUAUUGAGAAGCCAUCCAAGGAAAUCUUUAUUCGAGCGUUGGACGCUGUUAAUCGAAAGACGAAUCCUCCUAUAAAGUUGAAGGAAUGCCUUCACGUUGGAGACGAGCUUGAAUGUGACUACUACGGCGGGCGUGAUGCUGGAAUGGAAAGCUUGUUGGUUCGAGGGGAGGAAUUGAAUCAAGUUCUGGCAUGGAUAGAUCGUCGUAAAUAA